CAAUCCGGGCGACCGGGUCGAGAUCCGCCCCCGCGAUGUAGGGUUCCGCGGCUCCUGGUACGCCGGCACCGUCGUCCGCCGCGAGGCGAAGAACACCAAUCGUUACGUAGUCGAGUACGACCAGCUCUACGCAGACGAAUCUGGGGAGAAGCUGCUGCAAGAAACCCUCGAUUGCGUCCGCCGCUGCCGCCUCCCGAGAAGAAGGUCCAGUUCAAGUUCGAAGACGAAGUGGAGGCCUUCUACAGCGACGGCUGGUGGGAAGGGGCUAUUAUUGCGGAGCACUCCAGCGGGAAAUUCGCGGUGUUCCUCAGAGGCUUUGACGAGCAGAUUGUGUUUGAAGAGAAAGAUUUGAGGUUGCCUGUUCAGUGGGUUAAAGGGAAGUGGGAGCCGCGAUUCGAACAGGUUCAGCGGGAGAAAGAGAACUCAAACUUUUCCAAGGAAGUGAUGAAGUUCACUCAAGGAAUGCAAGUCGAGGUGCUAACUGACGAAGACGGUUUGAAAGGUGCUUGGUUUGCUGCAACAAUUAUUGAACCUUCGGGUGAAGACAAGUACCUUAUUGAGUACAAAACCCUGAGGAAUGAUGAUGAUACUGAGUUUCUCAGAGAAGUCAUUCUUGCUUGCAACAUAAGGCCUUGUCCGCCGGAGAUCAUUGUUGUGGAUGGAUUCAAGGUGUGGGAUGCAGUAGAUGCUUACUACUAG